AUGUACAAUGGUCGAACAGACCCUGUGGAGCAUGUUAGCCAUUUCAAUCAGAGAAUGGCUGUACACUCCAAAAACGAGGCCUUGAUGUGCAAGGUAUUCCCAUCUAGCUUGGAACCUAUCGCGAUGAGGAUAGGAGGGUAUGAUGUGAAAAAAGUAAUGGUAGACCAGGGCAGUGGUGCAAAGAUUAUGUACCCUGACUUGUACAAAGGGCUGAACUUGAAACCUAAGGAUCUGACACCCUAUGAGUCACCUUUACUGAGUUUUGAUGGAAAAAUGAUCAAAGCAAUCAACAAUUUGCAACCACCUCGGAAUCCCAAAGAGGUCCAGAGGCUAGCAGGGAUGAUCACUGCUUUAAACCGAUUCAUCUCUCGGUCAACAGACAUGUGUAGGCCUUCCUUUCAAUUGUUGAACAAGUGGAAAGGAUCUAAGUGGACUGAGGAGUGUGUUUUGGCAUUCCAGCAGUUGAAGGAAUAUUUAUCUCAGUCACCCAUUAUGUCCAGACCGAAGAUGGAUAAGGUUUUGUUUGCCUACAUCGCCGUGGCUCCCCACGCAGUAAGCUUGGUGCUGAUACGGGUGGAUGGCAGUGUGCAGAGACCGGUUUAUUACGUGAGCAAGUCACUACAUGAGGUCGAGGUUUGUUACUUACCACUGGAGAAGGCCAUCUUGGCAGUGGUGCAUGCUACACGGAUAAUUGCAAAGUGGGGUAUGAUAUCAGUCCUAGGGGCCUUUGAUAUCAAAUACAUGCCUCGCACCUCAAUCAAGGGUCAGGUCUACGUUGAUGGUGCAACGAAUCCUAGAGAAUUUGGAGUGGGGCUAGUGAUGGUAUCCCCGGAGAGGAUCACAAUUGAGAAAUCCUUGAGAUUGGGCUUCUCGGCCACCAACAAUGAAGCUGAGUAUGAAGCUAUAUUGGCAGGGAUGACCAUGGUUCAAAAAAUGGGUGGAAAAGCAGUGGAGGUAUUCUCUGAUUCGAGGUUGGUUAUGGGCCAAGUUCAGGGAGAGUUGGAAGCCAGAGAUCUCAGGAUGCAGGAAUACUUGAGCCAGGUUAGGCAUUUACAGUCCAGGUUUGAGUAUUUCCAUUUAUCACAAGUUCCUAGAAAUAAAAAUACUCAUGCGGAUUCCCUUGCCAUAAUGGUAACAUCCUCGGCACAAAGUUUACCUCGGGUAAUCCUUGUGGAGGACUUAUGUAAACCUAUUGAGGUAGGAGCGAAUAUGGUUUGUGUUCAAAAAAUAAAGGUGGGUUCUAGCUGGAUGGAUUCUAUUGUACAAUUCCUUAAGGAAGAUGUUUUGCCCGAUGAUAAGUCCAGGCUGACAAGGUACAAAGGAAGGCUUUUCGGUUUUGGUUGUCUGAGGAUCAAAAGUUGUAUAAGAGGUCUUUUUCUGGCCUAUAUCUAUUAUGCGUACACCCUGAGGUGGUUGAGCUACUCCUGGAAGAAUUACAUGAAGGAAUUCGUGGAAGCCACAUGGGGGGCAGAUCUUUGUCUCACAGGGCCCUCACACAAGGCUAUUGGUGGCCAAAUAUGCAGAAAGAAGUACAAGACUAUGCGAAAAAAUGUGACCAAUGUCAGAGAUUUGCCCCAAACAUUCACCAACCUAGAGGAGUCCUUAAUUCUUUAUCUAGCCCUUGGCCUUUCGCUCAAUAGGGCUUGA